CUGUGGUUGGUAAAUUCGAACAGAGGUAUGUAAAACAAAACCCCAUAGUUGUGGAUCGUCCAGUGACAUAAACAGCCACAUACACCUCGCUUUGAUGUGACCAAUACUUGUAAAAAACAGGAGCGCUUAAUGUCAUAAAUGAGUGUAUUUAUUUAAACUUAAUUGCGACGUAUACAAACACGUCUGGAAAGACAACGGCGAAGACUUGCCGCUAGUGGGACAUAAUUGAGGUUGGGAUCUCACUGGAUUAGUUUUAGUGCACGGGUAUUCGAGUGGCUAUUAAAACAACAAUUUACCCGCUUCUUCUUAUCUUUGGUAUUUUGUUAAGGGAUUAACAAAAACCAGCAACCGCGUUUGACAGACAGAGACUUACUUGCCAAGUGGGUAAUUCGAAAAUAAUAAAUCUACAGAAAUUUGCAGACAUAAACACUUUUGUUAUUUUGUUAUAUGAAGUUUUGCUAAAAUGUUACUGAACACAAUAUGUUUGACGGUGCUCUUUUGUGCGUUAGUUUUGGUUUUUCCAACGUCUGCGCAAACACGAUGCUCGCUGAUGAUUCCAGUUCCUGAUUUGGGAUUCUGCGACGCCAUAGGGGCCUUGGAGGAACAUGUUGACGCAGAUCUGAACGAAGCAAGGGGCCGGAUGAACGUCAUGCGAGAAUACGAACACGACGUGUUCAGACAAUUCAAUCAACAAUUCACAGAAAUACAAAAUCACACGGGGAUUUCAGAUUUGAGUAUCGAUGAUAUCGAUAGAGAAAUUAGCACGUUGAAAAGAUUCGUUGACACUCUGCUAGAAAUGCAAACGCGCGCCGCGAACGCAGCGGUCAAUAAUACGUCUAGAGUUAAGCGCGCGUCGUCCCUUCCACCCGCACAACAGCAGCUAGUGGACGCCGCUCAGCAGACGUUCCAUCAGGCGCUCGCGGGCGUUAUCAAUCAGAUUCAGGCGGCGGCGACCACGGUAGCAGACGACGCUACGAAGGACAAGGCGUUCCACGCAAAGCUGCAGCUAGAAUUGACGUCGAACCAACGAGCCUUACAGCAGAUAGAGCAGCAGAUUCACGCGCUUGACGCCGCUAUUCAAAACGCUCUUUCUCAGAAAAAAACAGUGACGGGUGUGAGUCUCGCCGGGGUUCAACAGGAAGUGACGGACCUCCUUAUCAAUGCCUCGGUGGCGGAGCAGGUAUCGCAGCGACAGCUGGAUUUCGUGGAGAAGACGCUGAAGCAAUGGCAGCAAGAUGAAGCCAAGAUAGGGAGCGACAUUUCCAACCUCCAGCCACAUGCAGCCGCCCUGUCUGCGUCAUUGAACAAUGACGAGCAAGACAUUAUAGGACUCAUAGGCGCUGAGCAGAUCCUGGAAAGCAGUGUUGACGCUGCACUCAACAAGUCUGCAGACUUCAUUGUCAUGGCGACAAAUGUGUCCAAUGCAAAGGGAUUCCUGACACAGGCAGGCGCGCAGUUGUUUAACCUAACACUUGGUCUCGGCCCAUACGAGGGGGACCUGAAGUCUCAGAAGGCGAGUCAGAGCGGACUGGAAAGCCUGGUUUCGUUUAGCAGUAAGGCGCAGACGACGAUGUCGACAGACAUUCUGAUGCAGAAAAAGAACAUCUCAGACGACAUCGCCCUCUUGAAGUUCGCAUUCGGUCUCCAGGCAACGCAUCCCUGAGGCACGUGACCUACAGACGUGAUGUUGUAUACCUCCGCGAAUUGAACAUAAGCGCGUUUUGUUAUUUUGUGAAUACAUUGUAUGCUACUGGAAAAUCAACUUUUACAGCACUAAUACUGCUUUAUUUGGACACCUGCGUCGAUUUCUGGUUUGGACAACUAAUUACAUGUGUUAUGUGACUUUCCAGAAACAAAAAAAAACCUGAAAAGAAAAUAGUAACUUCACUUUCCUUAUCUUGAUAUUAUCAUAACUUAAAUAUCACUCUCAAUUUUUGACAUGUUAUUUCAUCGUAUAUAAAGUUAUACUUCGGAAA